AUGUGAUUUAUCGCCAUAACUGUUUUGUUGUUGUGUGUUAAUCCAACAACUAGAAAAAUGGAUGUCUUUUUGACAAUUCGUCAGAAAAAGACAACAAUUUUUACCGAUGCCAAAGAAUCAACUACUGUCAAUGAGGUAAAGAAGAUUAUUGAAGGAAUUUUAAAAGUGGCUCCAGAAAAUCAAAAACUUUUUAAAGAUGAUCAGCCUUUAACUGAUGACAAUAAAACAUUGAGUGAUUGCGGAUUUACAAGUGCUACAGCUCGUGCCCAGCAACCAGCUACUAUUGGUCUAGCAACUAGAAAGGAUGAUGGUGAAUUUGAAAAUUUGGAGAUAACGCCAUUGUCUAAUCCACCAGAACUGCCAGAUGUCAUGAAACCCCAAGAAUCAACUUCCUCUCAUGCCCAGGAGCAAGCUGCGUCUUAAUUUAUUAUCUUAGUCUUAUAACUCCAUUCUAUUAAUCUGUAUAUUUGAAACAAAAUAUCCUCAAUUCCUUUUUUUAUCUGCAAAUUGCACAAAGAGAACUCAAAUUUUGUUGUUAGCUUCUGAGGCGUUGUUUGGUAUUGUAGUAAAUUUUUAAAGCAUUAUUGAAACAUAUUCAGGGUAUGGUCACUCUCUAAAUUUAAAUGGGCAACUUUUAUUUCUUUUCAUUAUUUAACUCUGGGGUCUUGUGGUAAUCGCAAGAAAUAUCAAGGACAUUAUUGAUAUACAGGAAUGUUACUUUGUAUCUAACACAUUUUAUAAUUCUUGAGCAUUUUUGAUUGUCAAUGUAAUUUGAAUAUUAAUUUACAUCAAACUUCUAAACAUAUGUUAAGUUUUUCCCACAAGAUUUCAAUGAAAAUGUAGUAGUAUUCUAACGAUAAUAUGUCCUCAGAGUUGGCCCUGAUAAUAAUUUCUCAGGCCUUUUCACAAAACAAAAGUUGUCAAUGAAUCUAGGAAGUUCUAUAAUCCUUAUCAUAAUUUCUGGGGUCUAUUCACAAAAACUUGUCUCAAGAAAUACUAUAAUCUUAUUGGUUAAUUAACUAAAUUUAUAAUUAAUCUUAGUCGUUAACCAUACAAGUUCAGAUUUACAAGUUUUGGACCUCUAUACAUGUGAUUGAAUAUAUCAAUGUAAUGCAACAGUCAAAGAUUUCUACUCAACAGUGGGAAAUUAGUUAUGAAAAUUUUGAGUUCAGCUUCAAUAUCAAAUGCUUAAUGUUAUUAUUGAAAAUAAAACAAUGGGGCAUAACAUUGAAGUCAUUCAGCUUUACUUAAUUUUAAAACAACUUUCAAAUUCAUGCACCUAACUUUAUCAUUGUCAUUCUGAUUUUAUUUCAAAGUCUUCAAAUUCUCUGAUUUUUUUUAAUCUUGGUUAGUGACUGCUUAUAUUCAUUAGCUUGCUUUGUUGGCAAAAAUAAAUUUGAUUUCCUAGGCUGGAUAUAAUAUGCUGGUCAUCAAUUUUAUCCCCUCAUGUUUUAUUAAACUCUUCCACACACAUGUACUUUCUAUUAAUAUGAAACUGUAUUUGUACUAUUGGAAGAGCUCAAUUAUAAAUCUAGGGGUGUUUUUGCUGCCUGUUAAUCUAUAUCCAGCCUUGGAUAUUUGCAUAAAUUUAUGUCCAAGGUUGAUAUAAAAUUGCCUUCGUUCAAUUCCGCUCAUAUCAAUUAGUUUGGGGCAGGUAGUCUUCUUUCUGUGAAUUGUUUUUCAACAAGAUUUUUUAGAGAUCCUAUUAUUAUUAUAAAUAAAGUGAAAUUUGUUUUUAUAAAA